CUGGGUAGCAAAUAUGUUCUGAAGACGGUGCCAUUUGAUGCCCGUUUUCCCAACCAGAACCAAACUAGAAACUGUUUCCAGAAUUAUACUGACUACUUCAAAUGUGUCAAAGCGAAGGGCGAGGAUUUUGCUCCGUGCCAGCAAUUCCUCCAGGCAUAUAAGGCUCUUUGCCCUAAUGGAUGGACUGAAAAGUGGGACGCGCAGCGCGAGAGCGGUACUUUCCCUGCAUCUCUGGAGCCUUGA